AAUCCCUGUAAUCCUAUCUCUCAAAAUGGAUCGACCCAGAUUUGUUUUCGACUCUGCCGAAGCCGAACAAAUGGCCAAACAAUCCGGCCGGACGCUGCUCCAAUUCCUUCCUUCUCUGGUCAAAUCUGCCCAGGCCGUGGCCCGCCCUCCGAUCUCGAAGUACCACGUCGGAGCCGUUGGAAUCGGGUCAUCUGGUCGGAUCUUUUUCGGAGUAAAUCUGGAAUUCCCGGGUCUCCCCCUUAACCAAUCCGUCCAUGCCGAGCAGUUCCUCAUCACCAACCUUUCCCUAAACGCGGAGCCGCGUCUUAAAUACAUAGCCGUCUCCGCCGCCCCUUGCGGCCAUUGCCGUCAAUUCCUCCAAGAGCUCCGCUGCGCCCCCGAUGUCAAGAUCCUUAUAACCUCCUCCGAUGACGAAAAAGAAAACAAAAUAAACAACAAUUGUAACGAUGAAUUCACUCCCUUGUCUGAUUUUUUACCUCACAGGUUCGGCCCAGAUGAUUUGCUACCCAAAGACGUCCCUCUCCUCCUCGAGCCUCAUAGGAACGGCUUGUCAUUUUGCCCCGACUUGUGCAGCGUCAAAUCCGACUGCGGUGAGGAAGAUUUAAAAUACGCCGCUCUGGAUGCGGCGAAUAUGUCGCACGCACCUUACAGCGGGUGUCCAUCAGGAGUGGCGUUGGUGGAUGUUGAAGGGAAGAUAUACAAAGGGUCUUACAUGGAAUCCGCGGCAUACAACCCGAGCUUACCACCGGUUCAGGCGGCGCUGGUGGCCUACGUGGCUAGCGGAGGAGGAGGAGGAUAUGAGAGGAUUGUGGGAGCAGUUGUGGUGGAGAAAGCGGACGCUGUUAUUAAACAAGAACACACUGCAAGGCUACUUCUGCAGUGCAUUUCACCAAAGUGUGAAAUCCAGGUGUUUCAAUGUGAAAAGGCCAUUUAAAAAUGUAUGUAGUAGCUUCAAUUUAUGCUAUACAUAUGCAUUUGUAAUGGAUUAAAACCCAGCAUAAAAUUGUUAAUCAGGAAAUGAAAAAAAGUUGUAUAAA